AUGACAAGCAUCGUGUUCCGCAUACCAUCAAUGGACAUCCCGUUGUGGCAACAGGAGAUCCGUUUGCUGCACGAGUUGUGGCGACAUCCCAGCGUAGAGGAGAUCAAGGAUAGGAAGAAGACGCUGCAGUACCGACACGUCGCGUAUCGCAUGGAGUUGCCUCUGCGUGCGCACGGUCGUGAGCUCUACAUGAAACUCAUUGACACCAUGGCAUGGGCUGAUGCCUUCCUUUGGCAAAAGCUUCCACGGAACGAGUUUGCCUAUCCUGAGGUGGAAUACAUUGUCUACGAAGCCAAGGGUGGAAUCCCAGGCAGCAUCGAGCCUCACGUGGACAACCACUCGGCGGUGACCAUCGUGAUCCUGCUCUCGGAUCCCUCUGAGUUCACUGGAGGCGUGAAUUGCUUUGCUUCGCCCGAUUCGGAAGAUUUACCCGCGCGCCUGGUGUCGUUGAACUGCGGCGAUGCUGUGCUUUUCCGGGGCGAAAAACUUCGGCAUUGGAUCACUCCUGUGACACAGGGGCGCCGUGUGGUCCUGCAAAUCGAGUAUCCGGGUGCUUCGUCUUCGACCGUGACCUCUGAAGCACUGAUGGAACUUGCCGCCACUCUGCAGUGUUGGCAGAAGCUUCGGCAGCGCUGUGUUGUUCCUCCUCCAGAACGGGAAAAGGUGGAAGAUGUGGAAGCGCCCGAGCCACGACAAAAGGAGUCGGUGGAGUCGGUGGCAGGGCUUCUCUCAGAGCUACGCUCCAGGUUGAAGUCGCUUCCAGCAUUGACAUCAGCCGCGCGAGGAGUUUUCAGGUCGGUGCAACCGGGCCAUCUGCUGCUGAUCCUGGGAGGCUUCUGUCGCCUUUUUGGGCGUGCUGCAGACAACGCCGACCUGGCCGUCCAGCGUUGCCUGAAGGCGGCACAGGCCACCUUGGAGGGCCCAACUGGCACCACGGCCAUUUGCAUCAUCAUCUUUCCGAUCUUUGGAUUGCUGGGCCAAAGGCUGCGAAGUUGGCAGCAACGGUUGGCCAAGUGGCAAGCCGCGAAGGCUGCAGAAAAGGUGCAUUUCUCGGACAUGGUGAUUCCUGGUUUCGAUGUUCAGACCUGCAGCUCGCAUCAAUCUGUCCCGAUGCUACUCUCUUCAGGGAUGAUGCCUCAAACUCCCACACCGCAGUACCAGGAAGAGCGAAAGCCGCACGGUCCAGGCCGCGCCGCCCGGCACGUCGUGCACGGCGCGGGCGCCCCGCCAGCGCGGCGGGGAACGAUGCGCUCCGGGGGACGGGUGAUGACACCACCCAGGCCAAGAAGGUUGCAGUUGGAUCAGCUUGGAGAGGAUGAAGAUGGCGAGUUUUCGACGGAUGGUCAUGAGCCUCCUUGGCUCCCCGGUGCCACGGUGCCACGCGCCGUGCGGCGCCAUGGGGCGAGAUCUCGGGCGAGGUGUCCGAGCUGUGUCCCACAGCUCGGCCACGUCGGCAUCGGCCUCGUUGCUUGGUGA